CCGAGUGAAGUGGGAUAUAGUGGGAGGGAUAUAAACUAAAAGACCGGCUGCUCGCGCUAUCGUUUGAGGUCAAGUCUACACACAGGGCGUCCGCGACAGAGCAUCACCACAAACAUCUGUAAGAUCGACGCUUCAGAAGCAGACACUUAACGCGCUACAACCAGCGAGAGAAACACGCAGAUUUAGACAAGCGCAACGGUCAGUCCAACAUGAACGGGCAGAUGAACGGUUUCCAUAACUCCCUGAUUGAUGAAGACUGCUUUUUGUUCACGUCUGAGUCUGUCGGUGAAGGACACCCUGAUAAGAUUUGUGACCAGAUCAGUGACGCUGUGUUGGACGCCCACCUCAAACAAGAUCCUGAUGCCAAAGUAGCAUGUGAGACGGUUGCCAAGACUGGAAUGAUCUUACUGGCGGGUGAGAUCACCUCUCGUGCUGUUGUGGACUAUCAGAAGGUUGUCAGGGACACCAUCAAGCACAUUGGAUACGAUGACUCCUCCAAAGGGUUUGACUAUAAGACCUGCAAUGUGCUUGUGGCUCUUGAGCAGCAGUCCCCUGAUAUUGCUCAAGGGGUUCACCUUGACCGCAGUGAGGAGGAUGUAGGAGCUGGAGACCAGGGCUUGAUGUUCGGUUAUGCCACUGAUGAGACUGAGGAGUGUAUGCCUCUCACUAUUGUCCUGGCCCACAAGCUGAACGCUAAAAUGGCUGAACUACGGCGUGACGGCACCCUGUCUUGGCUGCGACCUGAUUCCAAGACCCAGGUGACUGUCCAGUACAGGCAGGACCGCGGGGCCAUGAUUCCGGUGCGUGUGCACACCAUUGUAGUGUCUGUUCAGCAUGAUGAAGGAGUGUGUCUGGAUGAGAUGCGUGAUGCUCUGAAGGAGAAGGUGGUGAAAGCUGUGGUUCCCAGCAUCUACCUGGAUGAUGACACCAUCUAUCACCUGCAGCCCAGUGGACGCUUUGUCAUUGGAGGCCCACAGGGAGAUGCUGGUUUGACUGGCCGUAAGAUCAUUGUGGACACUUAUGGAGGCUGGGGUGCUCAUGGAGGCGGCGCUUUCUCUGGAAAGGAUUACACUAAAGUUGACCGUUCAGCAGCCUAUGCGGCCCGCUGGGUGGCCAAGUCUCUGGUGAAGGCUGAUCUGUGCAAGCGUGUUCUGGUCCAGUUGUCUUACGCCAUUGGAGUGGCCCACCCCUUGUCAAUCUCCAUCUUCCACUAUGGAACCUCCCAGAGGAGCGAGAAGGAGCUGCUGGAGAUCGUGAAGAAGAACUUUGACCUCCGCCCAGGUGUCAUCGUCAGAGAGCUGGACCUGAAGAAGCCCAUCUACCAGCGCACCGCUGCCUAUGGCCACUUUGGCCGUGAGUCCUUCCCCUGGGAAGUUCCCAAAAAGCUUAAAUACUAAAGCUGUAACCCCCCCCCUCCUUUCUUUGGGCAGUAGGUGUACGUUACAGAGAAACCUACUCAACCCGUCGGAGGGGGGAGAUGUACCAAAUCCCCUCACUCCUAACCUCACACCCACUCCCAAAGGUAAUUCCCCUCCAAUGGCGUUCUCCCCGUACAACUCUACCUUCAACCCUGUUCUUUGCUGUACUGUUUUCGAAAUAUCUGUGGAUGGUGACUGCGGUUUUUUGUUUUUUUUUACUUAAUGCGCCCUCUUCUCCACCCAUCUCUCUUCGACCCUUCCUUCCUUCCUUGCCUACUUGCUUGAAAGAUCACAAAUGAAGAUGGCACAAAUGGGGGUCAAAGGUUGUUCUGUGAUGCUAUGCAUUGCUGGCUGAAGCACUAACCCCUCGACUUUUUGUUUUACCAACGAAGAGAACUAAUGCUUACCAUUUUCCAGGUCCACCACUUUAUGCGUACCAUCGCGAAUGGGAUCAAAACCUCUCGUCAAAUGUCGAAAACCUGUCUUUAUUUGGA